AUGAAUUUGGAAUCUCAAGUUCAAAACAAUAUGGCAACAUUUAAAGCACAUAUUAUGAUGAAAGAAGGAAAGAUUCAUGAUCAAGUGGCUGAUAUAUUGGGUUUAUCAAAUGCUAAUCUUGCUUGGGACAAAGACUCUGCUUCUGCUCAUUCUGUGUUUGUUUUGAGGCUCAUGCACAACAGAAUCCCUACUGAUGAAAACCUAACUCUGCAGGGCUUCUCCUUUCCCUAUAAAUGCUCCAUUUGCCUUGGUUCAAUUAAAACUUCUGACCAUCUGUUCUUUGGCUGCCAAUUUGUUGCUAACAUUUGGAAUUGGUUUAGAACUAAUCUCCAAGCCUUUUUCUCUAUCAAUUUGAUGGCUGGAUAUUUCCAAGUUCUAAGGAUCUACUGGAACUCUCAAGCCUUAGUUGUGAACAAAGCCAACAUUAUUUUCAUUCUCUAUCAAAUUUGGCAGGCCAGAAACAUGUUCAGGUUUGACAAAAAAUCAACUCAUCGGAAGUCAUGCAUAUCCAACAUUGCGGCUAGAGCAAAGUUGGUUGGUAACUUAACCACUAAGAAAGCGGACGACUCACUACAUAGCUUAUCCUUUCUUAAAAGCUUUGGCAUAAAUAUUCAACCUCGUAAACACCUAUCUGCGGUUGAUGUCAUUUGGUGUCUAUCGGCUAGGGGUUGGAGUAAAUGUAAUAUUGACGGUGUGGAGGUGGGUUCGACCUUGCUUGCGGCUUGUGGUGGGAUCUUUCGUAAUGAACAAGCUACUCACUUGAUUAGUUUCAGUGCGUAUUUGGAGACUGGCACUCCAGUUUUGGCUGAAUUCUUGGCUGCGAUAAUUGCGAUUGAGAAGGCCAAGCAGAUGCAGUGGUCCAAGCUAUGGCUUGAAACAAAUUGUAUUUUGGUUGUGAAGGCUUUUUCGAAUCCUAAUCUGGUGUCGUGGAAAAUCAAAUCUCGUUGGCUUACGUGCUGGGCUUACACUCUUAUCAUUGAGUUCAGGAUCUCUCAUAUUUUUCGUGAAGUCAUUUUUUAUGCGGAUUUUCUAGAUAAUAUCGGCUUAUAG